AUGCGCUCUCCCUCCCCAGCCCGCUGUCAGUGUCACUCUGUAGUGGAGAUGUGGAGCGUCUUUCUGUGCCUCUGUCUCGUUCUCCGGCCCAAUUCAGCUGAAGAAGUGAUGCUGCUGGACACAACUGAGUCUACCUCCGAGCUGGGCUGGACCACUUACCCGGACACGGGGUGGGACGAAGUGAGCGUCCUGGACGACCGCGGGAGGCUCAUCCGGACGUUUGAGGUUUGCAACGUCAACCAGAACUCGCGCACCAAAGACAACUGGUUGGCCACGCCUUUCUUGUAUCGCCACGCCGCCCCGCGGGUCUUUGUCACCCUGCGCUUCUCGGUGCGGGACUGCGCCAGCCUGCGGAACCCGUCGCCCACCUGCCGAGAGACGCUCACCUUGUACUACAAGCAGGCCGACAGCCAGCGGGAACUGGAGAGGACUUGGGCGCCGGAGCCUUCCAGCGGCGAGAAGGAGAGCAGGGAGGGCUGGGUGAAGAUUGAUACCAUCGCAGCAGACAAGAGUUUUUCCAAGGUGGAGCCCAGUUCACCACAUCAGUACCAACCCAACCGCUACAGCCGCAUCAACAUCAAGACACGCAGCUUCGCCCCGCUCACACGCAACGGAUUCGUCCUGGCCGUUGUGGACAGCGGCGCCUGCGUUUCCCUCAUGGGAGUGUCGGUCUUCUACCGCCGCUGUCCCGCCACCAGCCUGUACUUGGCGUCCUACCCGGCCACACCCUCCGGGGCCGAGGCCACGGCUCUGGUGCCCGUGGGCGGAACCUGUGUCCCCCACAGCAAGGCCCAAGGGGGCAACGGGCCUCGUAUGCACUGCAAUGCCGAGGGCGAGUGGAUGGUGCCCGUGGGCGUCUGCGUCUGCGAUGAGGGCUUUGAACCCAACCUUAACGGAUCCGCCUGCUUGGGCUGCUCAGUGGGCUACUUCAAGCCGGCCUCGGGUUCCGCUGCCUGCGCGGUGUGCCCCCCCAACAGCAGAACAAGCCACGAGGGCUCCAGUGUGUGUGAAUGUCGCAGCGGCUUCUACCGGGCGGCUGGCGACGCCAACUCGUCAGCCUGCACAACUCCUCCCUCGGCUCCAGUGUCCUUGUCGUGGGAGUAUGAGAGCGGCGACGGCGCCGGGGUAUCUUUAAGGUGGCGCCCCCCGGUGGAUAUGGGAGGCCGCAGUGAAGUCUGGUAUGGAGUGGUGUGUCGCAUCUGCCCCUCGCCCACCGUCAUCAACCCGGCGUCGUGCUCCUGGUGCGGAGAAGGUGUCACCUUCAGCCCCGUCCAGACCAACCUCAAGCAAACCAGCGUGACCCUCAACAACCUGCUCACCAGAGUCACCUACCUCAUACAGGUGCAAGCCAUGAAUGAGGUAUCGGCGCUGAGCCCGUUCCCGGCUCGUUACACAAGCAUCAAUUUUACCACGAGCCAGUCAGUUCCCAGUACAGUUCCCAUGAUGCACCAGCUGAGCCGGGCCCCGGACUCCAUCACCCUGUCAUGGCCGCAGCCUGACAGACCCAAUGGCGACAUUUUAGAGUACCAGCUCAGAUACUUUGAUAAGGCCUCGGAUGUGGACAGCGCGGUCAGCGUGUACAGCGAGACCAACACUCUAACCGUCGGCUCGCUCAUCGCAGGCUCCAUCUACGCCUUCCAGAUCCGAGCUCGCAACGAGCGCGGCUUCGGUCCUUACAGCAACACCGUCUACUUCACCACACUGCCUCUUGAAGAACAUUCACAUCAGGUUCAAAAUCAGCUUCCUCUGCUAGUGGGCUCAGUGAUGGGAGGGGCAGCGUUUCUGCUGGUGGUGGCGGCCAUUGUGGUGGUGGUGGUCUUUCGCAGUAAAAGGAGGGCGAGUCCAUACAGCGAUAGGCUCCAGAGGUACAUCAGUAACAGAGGUGGUGUGAAAUAUUACGUGGACCCCUCCACUUACGAGGACCCCAGCGAGGCCGUCAAAGAAUUCGCCCGAGAGAUUGAGUCCACUCACCUGAAGAUCGAGGAGGUGAUUGGUUCUGCCCAGUUCGGGGAAGUGUCCAGAGGUCGCUACCGUCCACCGGGCCGCCGGGAGUUGCUGGUCGCCGUCAAAACCUUGCGCUUGGGGGCGUCCGACCGAGAGAAGGGCAUGUUCCUGAGUGAGGCGGGGGUCUUGGGACAGUUUGACCACCCCAACGUGCUCAAGUUAGAGGGCGUGAUUACCCGUGUUCCCUCUGCAAGGAUAAUCACAGAGUUCAUGGAGAACGGACCCCUGGAUUCCUUCCUCAGGGAGAACGAGGAUCAAUUCAGCGUCCUCCAGCUGGUGGGGAUGCUCCGAGGUGUCGGCGCUGGGAUGCGUUACCUGUCGGAGAGGAACUUUGUCCACAGGGACCUGGCGGCCAGAAACGUGCUGGUCAACUCCAACCUGGUGUGCAAAGUGUCCGACUUCGGCCUGUCCCGACUCAUGAGGGGCAUGGACCACAACAUGCCGACGUACACGGCUUCGCUGGGGAGCAAGAUCCCUGUGAGGUGGACAGCUCUGGAAGCCUUUCAGCAUCGCAAGUUCAGCUCGGCCAGCGACGUCUGGAGCUUCGGCAUCCUCAUGUGGGAAGUCAUGUCGUACGGAGAGCGGCCCUACUGGGACAUGAGCAAUCAAGAAGUGAUGAAGGCUGUAGCGGAGCAGUUCCGCCUCCCCGCCCCCACCGGCUGCCCCUCAGCUCUCCACUCGCUGAUGCUUCAAUGCUGGCAGGCCGAGCGAGAGGACAGGCCGAGCUUCGAGUCCAUCCUGUCCUCCAUGGACCGCCUCAUUAGGCAUCCCGUGUCCCUCAAGACGGACAUAACGCGAAGCUGCUCGCAGCCACUGCUAAGCCCCACCCCCACAGACUUCUCAUCAGUGUCCACAGUCAGCGAUUGGCUACGGGCGCUGAGGAUGGAGCGAUAUCAAGACGAGUUCGCUCGGGCGCAUUUGGACACGUUGGACAGAGUCAGCCGCCUCACCGUGGAAGACAUCCAGAACCUUGGCGUGAAUCUGCUGGGUCACCAGAGGAAGAUCUUCAACGCCGCCCAACAACUCAAGGCCCAUCUGACUCAAGGCCAGGUGGAGGUUUGACUGCAAGCCUCGGUGAUUGAAGGCCCAAAACUUGAAGGCCCAAAACUUGAAGGAAACCAGCAUGUACUGUACUUCCACUGACUCUCAACACAACAUUCAAAGUCACGUCCGGGGACUGAAAGGAGCGAAAAAGUGCACUAUGGGAAAUGAAGUCCAGCCAUGAGGAAGAAGAGAACGGUAUCUUGUUUCAGACAAAAUCAGACUUGAUUGUUUUCCUCUCCUUCGCGUCUCCUUUUCGGCACCCCUCGUCCACACCCGGAACGUUGGCGUUAUUAUUUGACAUUUUUUAUUUUUUGAUAAUCUAUCAGCGGAGGUUGCCCUGAGCAAGGAAUUGCGGCAAGACAAUGAUCAAAGUAUUUUUGUGCGUGCGACUUUAUUUUACCAAAGGCUGGAAAGUGUUGCUGCCUUUCAAGGUUCUUCUGCGUAGUUGCUUUAAACUUGAGGAGGGGGGAAAAAAAGAUUUUAGUAACCCCGAAAGACAUAUUUUCCCCAGGACAUAUCCGUGGUCGGACUGCAGCCACGUUCGUAACACUUUUAUUCUCACUUUCUGUGGCAAAAAGACAUUUUUUGGUGUAAACAGCACCCCACGAGGUUUCGUACUGUAGAGAACUCUCACGCUUCACUUUGGUUUUCUUUGGACUGCAAAACACCGAGAGCUCUUGUGAUCGGAUCGGAUCGGACUCACACUUGAAGGGAAUGACCACGUGUGUGCGCGUGCGUGUCAGCUUACACGUAAAUAGCUGUGUUUACAUGUAUGAGUGAGUGUUCACCGCAAUUGUGAAACAUUUGUAAAAUAAAUGAAAAGAUUUUAUUUAA